ACUGCUCUCAGCUCAGCUGCACGACUUCAACCUGCAGACAGAAAAAUAAUAAUAAUAAUAAUAAAGAAAUCACUUUCGGAUAGAAAUCUAGAUGUUUAGUAACUCGUGCAGAUCGGAGCGCUUCACUUCCUUUCUAACAGACCCAGAGAUCAGAGAUCAGGAGGGAAGAGCAGAAAUGUUCAAGAGCACCGCAGGACUGCUGAACUAGUGUCGUGUCGAGGUACAGAGGGGAGAAGAGUCUGAGUUUCUCCUGAGAUGCUGCAGCUGCGUGAAGUCGGGAGGUCGGGGGGUAGCGGACCUGAGAGAGCGCAGGGGGUCUGCCUGGCCUUCAUCCUCCUGCUGCUCAUGUUCACUCCGACUGUGGACUCGUCCUGGUGGUACAUUGGUGCACUUGGCGCACGGGUCAUAUGCGAUAACAUUCCUGGCCUGGUUAACAAGCAGCGGCAGUUGUGCCAGAGACACCCAGACUUAAUGCAGUCAAUUGGCGAGGGAGCCAAGGAAUGGAUUCACGAGUGUCAACACCAGUUCCAGCACCAUCGCUGGAACUGUAGCACACUGGAACGUGACCACACUGUCUUUGGCCGCGUCAUGCUCCGAAGUAGCCGUGAAGCUGCAUUUGUGUACGCGAUCUCUUCUGCUGGAGUGGUGUAUGCAAUCACUCGGGCCUGCAGCCAGGGGGAGCUCAAAAGCUGCACCUGUGACACCCACAAGAGAGGAAGAGCACAUGAUGAAAUGGGUGACUUUGACUGGGGUGGCUGUAGUGACAAUGUAAAUUAUGGUAUCAAGUUUGCCAAAGCCUUCGUCGAUGCCAGGGAGAAAAUGGUAAAAGAUGCCCGAGCCCUGAUGAACCUGCACAACAACCGCUGUGGCAGAAUGGCAGUGAAGCGUUUCAUGAAGCUGGAAUGCAAGUGUCAUGGCGUCAGUGGUUCGUGUGCUCUGCGGACCUGUUGGCUCGCUAUGUCUGAUUUCCGGCGCACAGGAGACUACUUGAGGAAGAAGUACAACAUGGCAGUGGAGGUCACAAUGAACCAGGAUGGCACUGGGUUUAUGGCUGCAGACAGGAACUUCAAAGGUACAACCAAAAACGAACUGGUGUACGUGGAAAACUCUCCAGACUAUUGCCUCAUGGACCGAACAGCAGGUUCUCUGGGCACAGCAGGGAGGGUGUGCAAUAAAUCUUCCAAAGGCAUGGAUGGCUGUGAAGUUAUGUGCUGUGGCCGUGGAUAUGACACCACACGGGUUAAGCGGAUCACCAAGUGCGAGUGCAGAUUCAAAUGGUGUUGCUCGGUGGAGUGCCAAGACUGUGAAGACACUGUGGAUGUUCACACUUGCAAACCACACAAGCGCCCAGAUUGGCUAGAUCUUACUUGACUUCUGUGGCAGUGGCCAAAAUGUUCUCUUCUCAGGACUCCCAAGUGGACCAAAGAACCAGUGGAUGCAUGGUUCCAGCUUGCUAGUGUCUGUCUGCAGAAUGUUGCAGAAGUGAAAUUUUUCUUUAAUCUGGACCCCUGGUUGUCCUUGGACAGAAAAAAGAAAAAAGGAUUUAAUAUUUGUUUUUUUCUCUCUUGUUGUCGUGGUUAAAUGACCUCGAAUAAGAGCACAGAACUUACUGCACAUUGCUUUAAAAUGUACAGACACCAACGUUUUGACAACUUCUUUGAUGAGAACUUGAUUAAGCAUUUUGUUGUGG